CAAACGCUGACCCCCCGAAGUUGCAGAAGGGGAAGAGCCGUGGAAAGGCUCGCUCCUUUCUCCUCCUUCAGCGGCUCUUGCGCCUUCCUUCCCCCCAUUCCACGUUUCCCCUCCGCGCACACCCCUUCCCCUUCUCUCUCUCCUUUUUUUUUCCUCCUCCCUUGCCCAUUUUGGCUUAUAUUCAAAUGUGGGUCAGGGGUGAGCGGCUCCCAACGUCACCAGCUUACAAGAUGGCGCUGAGAGGAAGGCUGUGAGAUAAGGAACGGGCUGCUAUAAGCCGGGAGGACAGGCGAGGAGCGAGGCGGCGGCGGCGGAGAAGGUGGUGGAAGAGGUGGCUGCGACGGGGGACCCUCCCGGGAAAACCCCCUGGCCCCAAGCAUGCCGGCGAAAAGGUAAUGUUGCCUGUUGCCCCAGGGCGAACUCCCCCUGUUGGUAGCUGAGUGACCCCCCGCUGGUUCUUCCUUCAGCAUCUCUACCAGCUACGUUCUAUUGAUGGCCUGUUGUGAUUUCAAUGGAACAUCCUGGGAGGGACCUGGCACGACGGGCACCAUUGGAAGGAGGUGCCUUUUAGCCCAAUGUACCUGGCAUGGUAAUAAAGUAAACGGGGAAAGGAAGAGAAGGUGGAGAUGGAACUGCCAAAUCAUGCCAAACAACUGCUGCUGCAACUAAACCAGCAACGAGCCAAAGGUUUCCUCUGUGAUGUGAUCAUUGUCGUGGAAAAUGCCCUCUUCCGUGCCCACAAGAAUAUCCUCGCAGCCAGCAGCAUGUACUUCAAAUCCCUCGUCCUGCACGACAACCUGAUCAACCUAGAUACCGACAUGGUCAACCCCACAGUGUUCCGGCAAAUCUUGGACUUUAUUUAUACUGGGAAGCUCUUAAUGACCGACCAGCCUGGUGAACAGAACUUCAAUGCUCUCCUCACGGCCGCAAGCUACCUCCAGCUACCCGACCUAGCUGCCCUCUGCAGGAAGAAGCUGAAACGCAACGGGAGGUCCUUCGCUGGCAGGGCCGGCGGCGCCCCCAGCGUCGGGAGACCCCCUCGGAGUCAGAGACUUUCCACUGCUUCAGUCAUCACUCGUUAUUCAGGGUCAGCCGAGGGGCUGAAGGGCUCUCACUUGAAGGAGAUGCCAAAGGGGAAGAUCUCGGACGACGAGGUCUUCAUCAGCAGCUCCAACCAAGAGAACUCCCAUGCCUUGAGUAGGGGGAUCGGCAAGAACGGCGGAGACGGGAGCAGCAGCAGUGCGAACGGGAGCAGCGGGGACCAGGAGCUGGGCCUCGACCUGUCCAAGAAAAGCCCCUCGCUUCCCCCGGCACCGUCCCAGGACGACACGCCCCACGGCGAAAGCCAGCGUGGCUCCCCCCGACCUGCCUCAGCCCCUGCAGCCAACAGUGCCUCAUCAUUUGACGAGUCCGCCGCCGGAGCCGCGCCCAACCUCCCCGACAACUGCGAACCCAUGGAAAUGGACUUGAGCGAAGACCGCCAGUCCCUCCCGGAAGGCAGCCAGAGAAAAAGCCUGCGCCAUUCGUCGCGCAAGAAGGAGUGGCUCAAGAAAGAGAGCGCCUUCGACAGGAAGGAGGGCAGCGGCAAAGGCGGCGAGGAGAGCGAAGGACUGCCCAACGGGAUCCUGAUGGGCCCCUUGUGCAAGUCGGCGGAGCGGAGCCUCGGCCUGGGCGCCUACGGGUCGGAGCUGCCGUUCACCUGCAAAGAGGAUGUCGAGAACGGGAAGGAGAACAGCGACGACAGCGGGCAGAGCGAGAGCGAGAGUGGCGGGCACACUAGCGCCAACUACGUCUACCGGCAGGAAGGCUACGACCCGGUGGCCUUUGGGGACAACCUUUAUGUCUGCAUCCCGUGCGGGAAGGGCUUCCCCAGUUCCGAGCAGCUGAACGCCCACGUGGAGAAACACACCGAGGAAGACCUGUACAUCAAGGAGGAAGGGACGUACGACGACAAAGAGGAGGAAGCGGAGGAUCUGUCCAACCCCAACCAGCCCUACACCACGGAGUCGCGGCCCUUCAAAUGCUCUGUGUGCGAGAAGAGCUACAAAGACCCGGCCACUCUCCGGCAGCACGAGAAGACUCACUGGCUGACGCGGCCUUUCCCAUGCAAUAUCUGCGGCAAGAUGUUCACGCAGCGGGGCACCAUGACGCGUCACAUGCGCAGCCACUUGGGCCUCAAGCCCUUUGCAUGCGAGGAGUGCGGGAUGCGCUUUACCCGGCAGUACCGACUGACAGAGCAUAUGCGCGUCCACUCAGGGGAAAAGCCCUACGAAUGUCAGCUGUGUGGCGGGAAGUUCACCCAGCAGCGCAAUCUCAUCAGCCACCUGCGAAUGCAUACCUCUCCUACAUAAAGCCAAAGACUCUGCAAUGAGCUCUGAGCCCACCCGCCAUAAACAUAUACCUUUCCCUAGACUUGCUGCUUUAAAAAAAAGAAAGAAAAAGAAAGAAACAAAUAAGGGCCGUUCCCGUCCCUGUUCAGUCAUGGGGGGGCCUCAAACAAGCAGAGCUUUAUUUCUUUCUCUUCCCCGUCCCCCCCCAAACUCCAAAUAUACAAAGAAAAGCCAGCCCACAAUGAAGCUGCUGUCUCCCCAUUUGCAUUUUUCUCCCCCAUGCCACCCCCACCCCUCUUUUUUUCUUUUUUCUUUGCCGUUUAGGUCAAGAAAUGCCACUACUCUGCUUAAGGUUGUGGGGACAUCUAGCUUAACUAUAAGCCCAGGUGUGGAGAGAAAAGGGGGGGUGAGGUGGAAGAAAUUCCUUCCCAAUUGAUGCUAAUUGGAAAUGGCUGCCCAAAGGUGUCGAUCCUUGCGAUUGGGGUGGGGAGGAAAGACCGGCCGUAAGCUGCUUCAUAUCCCUCACUUUCCUUUCUUAGCACUUUGGAUUUCCGUUUCUAAAACUUGACCCAAGUAUUAUUCCUCUCCCCCCCCCAAAUGCAGAUGGAUGUUGCGCACAGACUUUUCCGGUUCCUGUGGCUGUUUUUCCUAGCCAUGGGCCUUAAUUUCCGCUCACCCCCUGCUCUCCUAACCAUUGACAUUGGUUGUUGUCCCUAAAAGCUACCGGUGGGAGCAUUUCUUGCCACAGAAUCCAAUUCGUUUUGCUGUUAUUAUCGUUAUUUUUUUUCUUUUCUCAGAAAACGCCUCAGAAUUUCUUUUAUUGUUGAGGAAAAUUUUGUUGGUGGCCCAGUCAGUUGACCGUCUCUCACAUGGGGGAGAGUCUUAAUGAAUCCUCAAUAGUUUUUGCAUGCUUUCAGUCUAUGAAAGGUGGCAUAUUUUUCUUUUCCCCACCCCACCAUUAUUUUUCAUCGAUGGAGUUCGGCCUACUUAGCCGUUGCACACCAAACAUGUACCUCUUCACCUCCAUGUUUUUGUCCUAUACCUUACUUAAAUUUACUUCAACCUUCUCCAUGACUGAAUGGGAGUCGGGCGCCCCUGGGGAAUUUACUUCAGCUGAGCAGGGGUCGUCUUUUAUGUUUCUCCCCCCCACGCCCCAAAAAACCAAUAGUUCGUAUGGAUAUUCUUUGCUUAGAGGUACUUGUUUUAUUAAGAGAAAAAAAAGAAAAUUGUUAAAACGUUUAUGUAAUUGUUGGAACUGGAAGGUUUUGAGGUAACUCUUAACAUAAGAGUGGGCGCAGGGAGUGGGUUUGAUAAUAGGCUGGAAUUGCUACAAGUUCCUUUAGGUACAUCUUUAUUUUGUGUGUGUGUGUGUGCGUGUGUGUUUAGCUUUUUUCUCCCUCACUAAAGAACGGGUUCGGCCCGUUCCCUUUGCUACCUCUUGAAUUCAUGAGAACAAUAAGAUGGUUAGUGAAAUAUUAGGUGUGGCGUUUUUGUCCCCCUUGCCCCUCUUCCUCCCCCCCCCCUUUGUAAGUAA